GCAGCUCGCCGCGGCCGGUGGGCGGUGCGCGGAUCGUGAGCGCCGGGGGCGCCAGAUGUGCAGUCCCCGCAGCCGCCAGUGACCCAGCCGCAGCCCGGGCGGGAGCGGGCUGCUUCCUCAAUGCUGCGGGGGCGACCUUGAGCGCGCCCCGGUUUCCCUCCGCGGGCACCCCGACACCGCGAGCGCUGUGCCCGGUCCUGCCCUGCCCUCUCCUGCCGGGUUCGCCCCGCGUUCGGACAUGGAGGGGGCCGCUGCGGCCGCGGCCGGGGACGGCCCGGACUUGGGGCUGGGGACGCCGGGCUCUCCCCCGGAGGCGGGGGCGGGGGCGACCGCAGCCCCCGCGGCGGCGGCCCCGGAGCCCAGGAAGCCGCACGGGGUGAAGCGGCAUCACCACAAGCACAACUUGAAGCACCGCUACGAGCUGCAGGAGACCCUGGGCAAAGGCACCUACGGCAAAGUCAAGAGGGCCACCGAGAGGUUUUCGGGCCGAGUGGUUGCUAUAAAAUCCAUCCGUAAGGACAAAAUUAAGGAUGAACAAGACAUGGUUCACAUCAGACGAGAGAUUGAGAUCAUGUCAUCCCUCAGCCAUCCUCAUAUCAUCAGUAUUUAUGAAGUGUUCGAGAACAAAGAUAAGAUUGUGAUCAUCAUGGAGUACGCCAGCAAAGGGGAGCUAUACGAUUACAUCAGCGAGCGGCGCCGGCUCAGCGAGCGGGAGACCAGGCACUUCUUCCGGCAGAUCGUCUCCGCCGUGCACUAUUGUCACAAGAACGGCGUGGUCCACCGGGACCUGAAGCUGGAGAAUAUACUGCUCGAUGACAACUGUAAUAUCAAGAUUGCUGACUUUGGGCUUUCCAACCUGUACCAGAAGGACAAGUUCUUGCAAACAUUUUGCGGGAGCCCACUCUACGCCUCUCCUGAAAUCGUCAACGGGAGACCUUACCGAGGGCCAGAGGUGGACAGCUGGGCCCUGGGCGUGUUGCUUUACACUCUCGUUUAUGGAACAAUGCCCUUCGAUGGUUUCGAUCACAAAAACCUCAUUCGUCAGAUCAGCAGCGGAGAGUACCGGGAGCCCACCCAGCCCUCAGAUGCUCGAGGACUCAUUCGGUGGAUGCUGAUGGUGAACCCCGACCGCCGGGCCACCAUCGAGGACAUCGCCAACCACUGGUGGGUAAACUGGGGCUACAAGAGCAGCGUCUGCGACUGCGAUGCCCUUCACAGCUCUGAGUCCCCACUGCUGGCCCGCAUCAUCGACUGGCACCACCGCUCCACGGGGCUGCAGGCGGAGGCGGAUGCUAAAGUGAAGGGCUUGGCCAAACCCGGGGCCCCUGAGGUCGUGCUGGAGCGGCAGCGGUCACUGAAGAAGUCCAAGAAAGAGAACGACUUUGCUCAGUCCGGCCAGGACGCGGUGCCCGAAAGCCCAUCCAAGUUGAGUUCCAAGCGGCCCAAAGGGAUCCUGAAGAAGCGGAGCAACAGCGAGCAUCGCUCUCACAGCACUGGCUUCAUCGAAGGCGUCGUCAGCCCCGCCUUGCCCCCCACCUUCAAGAUGGAGCAGGACCUGUGCCGGACAGCCGUGCCCCUGCCCAGCUCCCCCGAGGCAGAGGUGCCGGGCAAACUCAGCCCUAAGCAGUCGGCCACAAUGCCCAAGAAAGGCAUCCUGAAAAAGACCCAGCAGAGAGAAUCGGGUUACUACUCGUCCCCGGAGCGCAGCGAGUCUUCGGAGCUGUUAGACACUAACGAUGGGCUGGGUGGCCCCGUCCCGUCCCCGAGCCCCCCAGACGCAGCCAGGGCGCCUCCCCACAGCCUCUCCUGCCGCAGGAAGGGCAUCUUGAAACACAGCAGCAAGUACUCAGCAGGCACUAUGGACCCGGCCCUGGCCAGCCCCGAAAUGCCCACACUGGAAUCCUUGCUGGAGCCCGGCGUCCCCGCCGAGGGCCUCUCCCGGAGCUACAGCCGGCCUUCCAGCGUCAUCAGCGACGACAGCGUCCUGUCCAGCGACUCCUUUGACUUGCUCGACUUGCAGGAGAAUCGCCCCGCCCGCCAGCGCAUCCGCAGCUGCGUCUCUGCCGAGAACUUCCUCCAGAUCCAGGACUUUGAGAGGCUCCAGAACCGGCCCCGGCCCCAGUACCUGAAGCGGUACCGGAACCGGCUGGGAGACAGCAGCUUCUCCCUCCUCACAGAUAUGGACGAUGUGACUCAGGUCUACAAGAAAGCGCUGGAGAUCUGUAACAAACUCAACUAGCUCCCCCGGGGCGCAGGGGCGGGUUGGGGUGGGUACGAGGGAGGAGUCGGGGCAGUGGCUAGGCUGAGGAGCCAGUUACCUCUUGCUGGCCGUGACAAUAGACUGAAGAAGGAUUGGGGAGGUCUUGCUUUGGCUCUGUUUGCAGCCUUGAGCAGCGCCUACAAGAGAGAAGUGGGCUCUCUGCCAGUCCUGCCUCCUGCCAGUCAGAAUGUGGAUCCUAAUUGGCAUUUGCUUGACGGCACCUCCUUGAGGACCAGCUGUCCAGGGGAGGUGGUGUUGGCCGGCACUUAGCGGGCAGGGAGGAAGCAUAUGGGUGAGGAAGCAUCUCCCUAGAAGUCGUCCACAUGCUUCUGGAGGAGGGGCCAGACAGACUGGGGCCAUCUGCUUUGAGGGAACUCAGCUUGUUCCUUCUGUCCUCACAUUAGCAGGCUUGGUCUGACCGCAGGAGGUCGGCAGGCAUGUAGAUUUCAGCUAGCCGAGCUUGGGUCGGUGAUCGAUUGAUAGUGGCUGCUGGGUGUGCUGGUUGGCGUGGCCCAGACAGGUGGGAGGAGUGCUGUGAUUGAAUAGUAAGGGCUGCCGUGGGGAUGGGAAGUGGGGCAAUAGCACUCACGCCUCCUACGUGCCAUCCUUGACCUGGCUGAGCCCUGGGAAGGGUUAGUGUUGACAUAGAUCCUGUGGGAUAUCUGUUAUCUCUUUGAUGCCACUCGGGUGGCAUGUGUUAGUUUGCUCCUCUACCUUGAAUGGAAGACAGGGCCUGGGUGAGAGAGAGAAUGCGCUGAACACUGCUAAGGACUGCUAAGUCAGCCCAUGGUGCUCUUCUGGCUUCUUGUUGUCUGCCUCUUCUUUCCUGGUGUGUGCCUGGCUCUUCAGCACAACCUCCCGAGGGUGGGCAGGGAAAAGGAUGGUGGUGUCAGAGGUCAGAUCUAUGGUGUAGAACAUCUCAGGACCCUCUGUGGUCUUUGCGUGGAUGAAUGGACAUUGAGCCACACCGGCAAGGGGGCAAGGGGGCAAGGGGGCAACUCGUCUGUUUAACAUCUCAAUAUUAACUGGAACGCCGCCUCGCAGGGUCUCACCUGCAUGAAUGCUUUGAAUGGGGGGCGAUACUGUCCGUAAUCUCCAAGGAGUAGCUGGCUCAGCCAUUUACCCCUGUUUACUCGUGGCAGAAAACAGUGGUUUUCCCAUCCACUGAGUGUAGACUCUCCUCCAAGGCAGGCGAAUUUGCUUGCAGGGAGUUGGUGUGUUGGUGGGAUAUUUGGAGGAAAGGAAAGUCAGGCAGAAGGUGUUUUCCCCCCCAGAUCUAGGUAGUCUCUGUCAUGAGUUUGAAGUCCUAGGCUUCGGGGGCCAAAGUUCCAGCCAUUGAACUGAGUAAGGUGCUGAAAGAGCAGAGUGGGUUGGGAGGGAGCGUGCAGGAGAGGAAAGCUUUCCUUAGAAGUCCUCAGAUGGUUUGGGGGGCGGGGGAGGGCAGAGGAGGAGUGGGACAGGGCUCUUACCUUAAAAAGUAACGUAACUGGGCAUUUAAUCUGGACCCAUAAUCUGACUGUCUGGAAGUUAAGAGAUGACUCCCACAGCAGGACAUCUUCAGGUACUGAGUUUGGAAUGACGGUCUCAUGUGGGACUUUGGGCCGAUUUCUCAUUCUCCUGGGCCUGGCAAAGGGACCCUCUUCUUUCAAGACGGCCCACUAGCUAGCCACCUAGAUAUUUAAGGAGGACUUGUCUUGGAGGUAUUUUGGGGGAAAACCAAGAGAUAAUAGUUCAUGGGGAGAUGAGAAGGAAUUCACCUUCAGGCACAAAGAGCAUUCCUUAGAAUAAAACUGCCCUUUCCCUAAGGAGAUGGCUCCAUUUCUCCGCUUGCCACCAGCACUGGGGUCUUGGCUUGUGUUUUCCUUCUGGUUGAGCUGGGCAGGGUCCUAUGGGAAGCUUCUCGGUCUCCUUUCAUGCAAUUCCACCUCCACCCUCAACUCCAAUGUAGGGUCAAAGGGGGAAA